UGGCUCGUCAGAAGGAAUUUGGCUGUUUUAUGUCGGCUUAUUUUUGGUUAAUUAUUGGUUAAUCUUUUCUUUGUUUCAUUCGUUGUUGGACUGGAAUAAGUGGGUUGCUUGUGGGCUGUAUAUCAAUAUCAUGAUCACUCACAGCUUUUUGUGCGUGAUGGAAGAAAUGUAAAUGUGUUUGUCCAAGUUAGAUAAUGCAAAGGAGGUCGCAGAAGUUGGAGAUUACCUUGGACAUUCAGGCGGUUUCUUGCCCUGGAGUAUGGCUUUCCAGCAGGGGAACAACAUAUCUCAGUAUCUGCAUACUGGGCCACCACAUACAGACUCGAGAAGCAGCGCCAGUCUUCCCACUGAUGUUUCACGAAAAAUUCAUUAUAGAAAAGGUGUUCAGUCACGUGUUCCAGCUGGCUGAGCUGGAUGACAUCCUGGACCGCGAGGUGGUCUACAUCGAGCUGGUGCAGCGCGCGCCACUCCAGCCGGACACGGUGCUGGCCUCGUUCGAGACGUCCGCGCGCGAGUUCCUGUUCCCCAACAUCACCACCACGCCCCAGUACUCGGGGGCAGAUCUGGACCUGCUCAUGGAGCCCACCGUACACUUUCCGGGCUCGCUGUCUCCGCGACUGGAGGUGUCCACCAAGACGACCGCCAAGGAGGUCCGCACGUCCAUGUGCCGCUCUCCGGCUCGUAGGGCGACACGACGCACCAGCCCCGGGCGCAGCGACGGCGCCGUCGUUAAGGCAGCCCCGCAGUCGCCGCCGACGCCGCGCCGGCCGCCGUUCGUUUGGCGGCGCGCUGACACGGCUCUGCUGGGUCGGCAGCCGGGCGCUCCGUCCGGCCGCCGGCCGCCGGCCCUGCCGCGCUCGCGCAGCCUGGGCGCGCUGGCCGGCACCGGCCGCGGCCGCCACUGCCACUGCGCCUGCGCACAGCGGCCGCGCAGUGCUAGUGCCGAGCGGGCGUCCCGCGCGCCGGCCGCCACCGGCUCCCGGCAGCGCUCCCGUUCCCUGGAGAGGCCUGACACCACCGGAGCAGGGGUGGGAGCCGUCACCGACCGCAGCGAGCUCCACAUGCCGUCAGACUGGUGUUACGUAUGCGGCGCCUACACCACCCACCACCGCUGUGCCGUCUGUGAGGCGUACCGGCGCUACUUUGGCCGAAACUACCCCGGUCACCAUCACCUGGACUGCUGCAAUUGCUACUGCCCAGUGACGGCGCCAGCCCCGCGCUAUUCGAGCCGGUGGCUGCACGACUCCGACUGCAGCUCCGACGACAGCAGCUCGGCGGGCCGACCGUGGCUGGACCCUCCUCCACCAGUCGGCUGCACCAGUCAGCGCCAGGCCUACUACCAGAACAUGGAGCAGCUGUACCGGCGGCUCUACCUGCAGGCGGCCCGGCGCGCCCGUCGCGAGGCACUGGCCUCCUGACUUCGGCGCCAUCGCCGGCUGUGCCGCCGCUGCUGCCGGCUCGACUGCCGCUGCUGGCUGGAGGACUGAGCAAGCUAGACAGCCGUCGGUAGGGGAAGGUCCGUCUGGGUCCGGUGAACUGCCUGGAGCUGACGCCGGUGACCGGCGAGACAGGACGGAGGUUUGGCUGAGCCCACGCCAGAGGAAGGUUGAUACCAUCGGCGCCAGGAUCUCCUCACGACUGAGGACCCGAUCUCCGGCUGGACUAGUAGUCUCCCGUCUCAGUCCGGCCGCAACGUAGCCACCCGGACCGUCUCUUCAGCGGCUGUCCUCGGCCAGCCCGGUCCUCCAUAGCUCUCACUGCCAGUAGGUACCGCCAUGACGCCAGUCAGGCCCGUCUAUCCAGACGAAGGCUCCAUAGCUGCCCGAUUCCGAGGGACGGGCGGGGUGCGGCACUGGUCCUUCCCACAUAUCAACAGAGGAACGAGACAUCCAUGUCUUUACCUACUGCAGGUUUAGAUUGGUUUUAGAUCUGCAUUGUUGCAUGCUAGUGGAUUGCGCUUGCAUUGGUUAGAUAGCUGUGCAUUGCACGCAGUUGGUAGGACGUGGUUAAAGUCAUAAGCGUUGCCCGCUGGCUGGUAGUUGCGAUGGAAGUUGUUGAGUUCGAGACCGGUCCGUCCGCUGUUCCGUCCAUCCGGGUCGGUGUCUAGCUCGCCUGUACGCAGGUCUGGUAUUGGCUAGUCAGUGCUCUAGGGGAGAUAGGGCGUCGUGUGUAGCGUAAUAACGGCUAGAGACGUCUUGUGCCGGCUUCCCGUACGCUAACGUGUAAGUUUGUGCUUUUAGAGCGAUUUAGGGCUGACGCCGCGAUUGGACGAGAGGUAACGAUACGUUUUACGAUCCUCGACUUUACACGAAUUGAUCCAUGCGAUGCGAUAUUCCAUUACGAGACCUUUUUAUAUAUGUUUGAUAUGCCUGUAUUCUGACUAGUUCCAAUUAAAAUGAUGUGUAACAUUGAUUCCGGUUCAAUAUUUCUAGUCCAUGCGUUAUUGGUUAGAAAAUCUACGAUCCACGCAUAACAUGCGUGUUCUUACGAGUCAUCUGCAUACAUUUUUGCAUCAUUAUACAUUUGUAUUGUUAUAUUAUUUAGUCCUAGUAUGACGAUUGGUUGUUGCCGUCUGAUAUUUUACCAGCCAUUAUUCGAAUUAUGCGACAUGUUUCGAGAGCGAUGCGUAGUGAGUCGAACCGUGUGACAUUUAUUAUUUGUGCUGUUGUGGGAUUUUAUUCGUCGUCCACCUGCCUAUUCAGUUUUAAAUCAUGGAGAAAAAUCAUGGAGCACGCUCCUCCCAAGCUACAGGUAGGGCCUAAUCAAGAGGACGUUUUCAUUUUGUCAGUACCACGUUUCUGGCACAUACCUCGUUUAAUAACAAAAAGUGUAGCAAUUGUGACGAAAUUAGCUCAGAGUUCCCGCGUAGGUACCGCAUAGGUUGCUCGACCUUCUAGUCACCGUUUUAGUCACAUGCGAUGCCAUUGUUACGUCGUUGUUUAAUUUUAUGAGCUGGCACCACGCACACGCCCGUUUACAUGUUGUGCGAUUACUGCAUGAACUGAGACUUGAACACCAAUGUGGAAGAACAAUAAAUCUGCACGAAACUGG